UGCCGUCGUCCUCGGCGUUCGGCGCGGCGGCGGCCGCGGUUCCGGCGCGGCACCGGCCGUGACCCCGGCGCGGCAGCGGCCGUGAGCGGGCCCGGCGCCGCCAUGCUGUGCCACGGGGAGGGCCUGCUGAGCCCGCUGACGGCUCUGCUGGCGCUGGCGCUGGCGCUGAGCCGCAGCCCGGCGCUGGCCUGCCUGGUCCCGGCCGGGCUGUACCUGGCGCUGCAGCUCCUGGCGCUGGAGCCCGCGGCGCCCCAGAGCGCGCAGCGCGUCCUGCGGCCCCGCGGCGCCGCCGCCCGCAUCGCGCACCGCGGCGGCGCGCACGACGCGCCCGAGAACACGCUGGCGGCAAUCCGACAGGCAGCUGAGAAUGGAGCAACGGGUGUGGAGCUGGAUCUUGAAUUUAGUGCAGAUGGUGUCCCCAUCCUCAUGCACGAUGACACAGUCGAAAGGACAACUGAUGGGGCUGGGAGACUGCAGGACCUGACUUUUGAGGAAAUCAGGAAGCUUGAUCCAUCUGCAAAACACAGGCUACGGAGCCAGUUCCAAGAUGAAAAGGUACCAACUCUGAGAGAAGCUGUUGUGGAGUCUAUGCAUCACAAUCUCACAAUCUACUUCGAUGUCAAAGGCCAUGCUAACCAGGCAGUUGAUGCCCUGAAACAACUCUACCAGGAAUUUCCACAGUUGUAUAACAGCAGCAUUGUCUGUUCUUUCAUGCCAGAUGUUGUUUAUAAGAUGAGACAAGCUGACAGAAAUGUUGUGACAGCACUGACACACAGGCCCUGGCAGCUGAGUCACCUGGGAGAUGGGACACCCCGAUUCAAUUCCUUCUGGAAGCAUUUCUUGUACAUGGUGAUGGAUGUCAUUCUGGACUGGAGCCUACACAGUUUCUUGUGGCGAUUGUGUGGGGUUUCAGCUUUCCUCAUACAGAAAAAUUUUGUUUCUCAGGACUAUGUGAGGCACUGGUCUUCCAGAGGAAUUGCAGUGGUUGCCUGGACAGUGAACACGUUUGCAGAGAAAAGCUACUACGAAAGCGUCCUUGACUGCAGCUACAUGACGGACAGCCUGCUGGAGGACUGCGACCCUCACUACUGAGCAGCCCGAGCACGCUGCCCUCCUGGGGCAGCCCUGCAGCCAUCAGGGCACCCACAGUGCUGGUGGGCUGCUGAGGAGAGCUCUGGGAAGGGCAGAGCACCACUUGGCUUCUGCCUGUGGUCACAUCUCAAAUGCAGGAACCUUCUGGAGCAGCCACAGAGUCUGAGGAAAUCACUGUAAUGUGAAAGAAUCAGAUUUGACAACCCUGUUGGGCCAACCACCUUGUCUGUGCAGGUGGCUUUAUAAUUCUCUGGCUAUUGCUUGGCUUUGUUUAAAUUUUGGUUCUAAAUUUUGGUGUUGGCAAUUUUGGUGUCGGCAAUUUUGGUGUCAAAAUUUCAAAUCAUACCUUGAUGCUAGUAAUUUUAACAGCAUGUUCUACAAGUGUUUACUAAUUUAAGGUUGAUUUAUAGCACCUUAAAAUCAUUUACAUCACUGUUCUUAAAACAGAAACUGGAAAUAACAGUCCAAUGAGCCAAAAUAGAAGAUGAUUUCCCUGCCCUCUGUUGAAAUUUGGCUGUACUGAGUCCUGUUGAGGAAGAAAAUGCCAACUUUCCAUGUGUGAUGUGAUGUGAAGGUUAUGAGAAUUAACAAAUAAAACUUGAGUAGCUUCUUAUCUUCCAGACCUUUUAAGAGAACCAAGGGAGGAUAGGAAUUUUUUUUCUUCUAAUGAAGAAAAAACACAGCACAUGGAUGUAUUUAUUUUAAAGAUAAAGCUAUAUAUUGAGUGCUGGUAAGCAGUAGAACAAAUGGAGCUGAAAUGUCUUUUUAGUUUGCCUUUGGUUGCAUGAUUGAACGGCACUCAGAGGAAUAUGGAAACUGUAAUCCAGAUUUAACUUGAACUCCAAAGAGUCUGCAGUUACAAUAAACAAGUCUUUGAGAAUUCA